UGUAGCGCAGGCGCGGUGGUGUCCCAGCACUGAGCUGAGGUGGACUUCUUCCUUUCGGUCAGUGAACAAACCUAGAAGCUGCAGUAAGACUCAACAGCUGGAGCUCAGAAAAAGCAAGUAUCCCCCCUGGACGCUACAAUGAUUCGGAUAGCCGCCUUCCUCGCCCUGUUAGUGGUCGCCUGCUCAGGAGAGAGCUGCACAGACCCGGUGAUCAGCCCGUCGGCCUACACCACAUCAGACGCCGUCAUCUCCACCGAGUCUGUCUUCAUCGUUGAACUCAGCUUGACCUGCACCAACGGUGCACAGAGUGUGACUCUGUAUGCUGAUGUCAAUGGAAGACAGUUCCCUGUGACCAGAGGUCAGGAUGUUGGCAAGUACCAGGUGUCAUGGAGUCUUCCUCACAAACAGGCCAGCUCUGGAACAUAUCAGGUCAAAUUCUUUGAUGAGGAGUCCUACAGUGCCCUGCGCAAGGCCCAGAGAAAUAAUGAAGAUGUCAAUGCUAUUCAGCCUCUUUUCUCUGUUAACAUUGACCACAGGGGUGCCUGGAGCGGCCCAUGGGUGUCUACUGAGGUGGUGGCGGCCCUCAUCGGCAUCCUGGUCUAUUACAUGGCCUUCAGUGCAAAGAGCACCAUCCAAGCAUAAACUGAUCCACAAUCCAUUUUUAGCCACUGGAUCAUUAAAGACUGAAUGCUGGCUGGACUUUAUCAACUAUCUGCCAUCAAGUGUUGUGGCAAAUAAAUGCCAUAUUGCCACAUUCUCUGCUUUAGGAUGAGGAAGAAGAGCAGCAGUCUUUGUACUUUUUUAUUCAGACUGUGUCUGUGUUCUAUUGGUCUCUGUCCAUUUACAACUGAUUUUUUUUCAUGGGUUUGUCUUUUCAGUACAGAUAUUUUGUAAUGUUUUAUUAAAAGCAGACCAAUAAACCUUGACCACAAGUUAACGUCUAACAUGUGGAUGCACUGGCUGGUGUGGAACUUGUACAGAUGUGCUGAACACCAGUGAGAGGAAGGUCAAACAUGCAUAUGAAAUAUCAAUAAUGUGACUGCAUUGCCUGACCCAAACAAGCCAAGUGAUAAUGUCUCUUCCAGUAAAACGAAUAAACGGCUUGUUUUUCUUUCAUUGUG